UCGUCUCGGUGCCUCCAGCCGAUGAAGCGUCCACGAACACGAGGGUGACGUACACGUCCUCCCCUUUAAGACUUGCUACGCAACAUGGAAACAAAGGCCUGCCCCUUUUUUUCACGAGGAUUUCUUCGCAGCCAGCGUUACAUUACGUGUAAUCAAGAUUACUAAACCGGAUUACGAUACUUUUACUGUAUUUCAGCACGUCGUUAGUGGCAGAAGUUGCGUCCGAUAUGGAUGCGGAGCAGCAUGAGACCUGCGGGGAGACUAAAUCGGCCAUUAACUCUUGGCGUUAUCGCCACCAUUUCACGUACAAGGCUGAUCAGGGGAAAAAUAUCAUCGUGCAAUGUAAUCUGUGCCUGCCGAGGGUCAAUCUGCUGUCCACGUCGAAAACCUCCACGUCAAACCUAAAGAAGCAUUUAGACAGAACACACCUGGGCUGUGAGGCCAGGCCGGAUGCAAAGAGAGGCAGGAAGAAGGAGGAGUGCAACGGCGAGGAGAGCAGACACUGCCAGCUGAAAAAAAUCAAAGCGGAGAUCAUCUCCAAAUGCCUGACCCAGUCCAAGAUCGACGACCUCGUCUUCAGCUUCAUCGUGGAGGACUGCCAGUCGUUCUACGUGCUGGAGCAGCCCGGCUUCAAGAGGCUGGUGGCGGGUCUGACGGAGGGGCUGCAGGUCAUGGACCGGGCGACGCUCUUCGCCAAAGUGGACCACGGCCUCUCCAGGAUGCGGGAGGAGCUGCUGGCCAAGCUCAGCGGCGUCCAGUACGUGUGCACCACCGCCGACGUCUGGACGGCCAACGACAGGAGCUUCUUCGGCAUGACGUGCCACUGGAUCGACCCGGAGUCCCUGGAGAGGAAGUCCGCCGCCCUGGGCUUCCCGCGGCUGCAGGGCCGGAUCACGUACGACUCCGUCGCCGGGCGCAUCCACGACACCCACGUCGCCUACAACAUCGAGAGCAAAGUCCAGACCACGGUCGCCGACAACGCCAGCCCCUUCGUCGGCGUCUUCCGGGAGUACGCGCCCGACAGCCAGGAGCGCGACGACGACGACUUUGGCUUCUUCGAGAACGUGAGCGCCGUGCUGGAGGGCGAGCCGGAGCGGGACAUGCUCCUGUUCCUGCCGCCCGUGCGGCGCUGCGCGUCCCACACCCUGGUGCAGAUCGUCGCCGAGGACUUCUGGCAGGCCAUCCUGCAGGGGCCCAUGUGCCAGCUGCACUACAGCUCCAUGUCCAAGGUGUUCUCCGUGUGGAGCAAGUGCCACCAGCUCCAGGUGGGCAUGGCGGCGGCGGAGGAGAUCGGGAGCAUGGCGCUGGUCGUGCCGUCCGUCAUCUGCUGGAACGUGGAGUACUGCGCCGUGCAGAAGAUCGUCUCCCUCGGCGAGCGGGAGCUGACGGAGCUCUGCGCCCGCCUGGAGGUGCCUCGCCUGCAGCCGGAGGAAGCGGCCUUCCUGAAGGAGUACGUGACCGUGUUCCACCCGCUGGCCUUCGCGCUCGAACUCUUCCAGGCGGAGCAGAAGUGCUACCUGGGCCUGGUCAUCCCGACCGUCCUGAGCCUGAAGAACAAGCUGAACGAGCAGAAGGAGGCGGCCGGCUACUUCGGCGACGUCGUCGGCGCCAUCGUCGAGGCCAUCGACGUCCGGUUCCAGGAGUUCUUCUCCAGCACGGAGGCGAGGAUCGCCACGGCCACCACCCCGCAGUUCCGCCUGUGGUGGAUGCCGGCCUCCGAGCGGGAGGAGAUGUGCGCCCUGCUCGCCGCCGAGGCCUCGCAGGCGGAGCCCGGCGACGCGGCCGAGGCCAACACCAGCCGCAGCCUGUCCACCAUCAAGUCCGAGGACGACUUCUUCAGCUACGGCUCCGCCAAGACCUCCAUCCAGAUCCAGCCGCGAGGCGUGACGGAGGAGAUCCGCCGGUACGUGGAGGGGACCGGCAAGAGCCUGGAGUGUCUGCAGGACUUCCCCAGAGUCAAGCAGCUUUUCCUCAAGUACAACACCACGCUGCCUUCCACGGCCCCCAUCCAGCGUCUCUUCAGCCAGAAGGGCAACCUGAUGAGCUCGCAGAGGAACUUCCUGACGGACGACUACUUUGAACGCGUCCAGCUUUUGAGAUACAACAGCAGCGUGUGUCCUCUGGUAACAGAAUGACUCUCCCCACGCCGCCUUUUCGAGUUGUGCGGGGGGUUUAAACCAUAAUGUGAUCGAUCAGGAGCGGCGAAUCUGAUGUGAGGAUCUUAAAGAACGGCUCGUCGUUAGGCGUUCAAGUUGUCAGAACCACGUGUGGAGACGUCGCAGCGCUGCCGGGUUUAAUUCUGGCUCCUGGUGCUGAUGCUGGUCGGUCGCUCCUGCGCCAAAUCAUCCCUGGAAAUGACAACGUCAAACCCAAUUCCAGGCACUUUAAUUUAGCCGUAUUUCGCCUCCUCUUCCUCUCCGUUUUUUUCCACAAAGGCUUUAUUAAAAAAAAAAAAAAAAAAAAAAA